AUGGCCACUGCAUCGGCGAUAGCAAUAGCAGCGGCUUAUCACACAACAACCGACCCGCGGCUGCAUCCCUACCCAUACGCCCACCCGGCCAUCCACGGCCUGGGCCUGCCCACGGGGAAUGCCCACACGCAGUUCUCGGCGCCGGACCAGUACGAGGCCCUCCUGGGCCGCAAGCUGGCGCCGACGCCGUCCCACCUCACCUCGCGCACCCUGUACGUCCCCAGCCACAACGACAAGGCCGCGCACCUGCCCGUCUACGACUUCACCAAGGACUACAAGGAGACGGUCGCCGGCGAGCCCAUCGGCAGCUCGCGCUUCAAGACCCGCUUCGGCCUGAUGCCCAAGCCCAACGGCGACGGCCGCGGCUCCAGCGAGGUCAGCUACCUCGUCGACUUUGAGCCGCUCGAGCGCCGCAAGUCGCUGUCCGGCCCGGUCGUCCCCGGCGCCGGCGGCACGACGGCAGCUCGCAGGAAGAGCAGCCUCGGCGCCGGCGCGGCGCUCGUCACCCACGGCACGGUCAGUCGGCGCAUGCUCUACGGCGGUGCCGAGGUCGGCCUGACCAUCCCGCCCCCGCAGGCGCCGCUUGCCGACGGCGACGUGGCCUACACCCUGACGCCCGGCUCGACGGACGUGGGCAUCCGGGUGGUGGCGAGCUUCCCCCUGCAGCCGACGGUCAGCAGGUUCGGGAGCAGCCGCAACGCCUGGUUCACGUUCACGGUGCCGAGCCUGCUGGACGAGGAGAGGACGCUGCAGUGGCAGGUGCACCCGGUCGAGCACGGCCUGCUGAGGUACACGCUGGUCGAGCUCGGAGGUGAUCCCGGUGGUGGUGCGGCGGUGGCCGGUGCGGCGAAGGACGAGGACAAUUGGUGGGAGGAGACGAAGGAGGAAACCAAAGCCAAGGAUGAGAGUGAGGACGAGCAGGAAGUGCCAUAUUCCGCCGCGAUCGAGAAGAACGAGCACCGCAUCCGGGCAAUCUAUCACAACGUCGGCCUGGGCUUCUCCCUGUCCCAGCCCUUCAGCGAGGGCGCGCUGUUGCUGCAGGACAGGCUCGACCCGGAGCUCGAGGCUAUCAUCGUCGCAAGCCUGUUGGGCCUACUUUGGAGGGCCCGCGGCGAGGAGAGCAAGCCGAGGAAAAACUCAAAGAGCGACGUCCCGCCUAGGAGGGGUUCCAAGUCCGAGGCGAGCGCUCCAGCCAGGAAGAAGAGCGUCGGUUCUGUGACCGUGGAAGAGGAGGCGCCUUUGCCGGAGAGACCUGCCCGAAGAAAGAGCUUGAUCGGGAAGAUACUUGGGAAGAAGUGA